AUGGCUGAGGAGGUCAUCAACGCUCAGGCAAGCAACCAAGCGGCUGGUGUGGUCGGCCUGGUGAGGCUCUCCCUCCCUGACGCUGCUGCUGCUGAUGUUGCUCAGCGUUUCAACACUUCAUACUGGUUCUCUUCGGACAGCGUACUCGCCAUCGUUAUUGGCUUCAUCGCGUCUGUGCCACUCUGCACCAUUUCGGGUUCGUCCACGAACACAACCCGACCAGGAAAGGACUUCGAUACAGUCUUCUUCCUCUACCUCGUUCCUUCCAUCCUCUACGAGUCAGGAUAUUCUCUAAAUCAGAAGGACUUUUUCCGUAACUUCACUGCCAUCAUUCUCUAUGCCGUCGUAGGCACCGUCAUCUCCUCCAUCGUCACCGGCAUGACGCUCUUUCAGCUUGCAAGCAAGGGGUCAGUGACGGGCAUAAACGCGAGUAGCCCCAAGGAGAGUCUCAUGUUCGGUUCUCUUCUCUCCGCCACUGACCCCGUGGCAACUCUCGCGGUCCUCGGUCAACUUAAUGGGGACCCACAGCUCUACUCAAUCAUCUUCGGUGAGAGUGUUCUCAACGACGCUGUCGCCAUUGUUCUCUUUCAGACCCUCGACAGCUUUCCGGACGAUUCUAAAUUUCACGUCUCGGCCAAGGCAGCUUUCGGCGCUCUUGGUAUGUUCCUGGGCAUCAGCAUCGGGUCUGUCCUGCUAGGCGCUGUCUCGGGCUUGUGCGCUGGUUUCAUCACCAAGUGGAUGCUCGUCAAAGCUACUGCUCCCACUGAGGUGACGGUGAUGCUCUCCAUGGCUUAUCUCUCCUUCAUUGCCGCUGAUUCUGUUGGUCUCUCCGGUCUCAUGGCAGUUUUCUUCUCUGGUGUCGUCAUGUCUCACUAUGCCAAGUACAACAUAAGGGCGGAAAGGAUGGAGGAAGUAGCUGUGAUAGAGUGGAGUCUCUUCUUCUGGACCCUCUUCAUGUGCUUCGUGUCGCGAGCCAUCAACGUCGUUCCCCUUACCAUCAUCAUCAACAUCUUCCAGCGAAACGAGCGGAGGAAGAGGAUCAGCUUCAAAAGCAUGCUCAUGAUCUGGUUCAGUGGCCUGCGCGGGGCCAUCGCGUUUGCUCUCUCGCUCACUUUUCAGUCGCCUAACAGAAGGUUUCUCAUCCCUUGCGUCAUCCUCGUCGUUCUCUUCACAAACUUUUUCCUGGGCCAAGCAACAGCUCCUCUCCUCAAGCUCCUUCGAAUUCCUAUUGGCAUCACCCCCGACGACAACGAGGAAGAGCAGGAGGAGCCGAGGACGGGGAUAGACAUACAAGACAUGUCUGCUCGCUUCCUUCCAUCCCGCGGCCCAGUGCGAGUAGGGAGGAUGCAUGCGCUGUGGAGAAGAGUCGACGAGCUCUACCUGAAGCCUUAUGUGGGGGGGAGAUCGAGGCGAGGGCUCUACCGCAGACAGGCAGGACUGGAGGAGGGACUGGAGGGAUCGAUGCCUUCUUCCAUGCACCUCCCUCAUUCAGACUUGAGCUCCUCGGACCUCGAACGAGAAUCAGCAGCAGACAAGUCGCUGGGAGAUCAGGAGCUGGUGCCAAUGCCCAAGGAGAUCGCUCGGUCGACGCUCUUCAUGAGCCUCUCAAUCCAGGAGCACAUGGCCCUUGA